GAAACAGCCGAACUACUUACGUAAAGAAACGACUCCUUUUGUAAUGAAUCCACCCUUAACCUACAUGAAACAUUUUUAAAGUUCGGAUAUUUUAUUGUUUUAAGUCAAAAGGAAGGCAGUUAAUAAGUGUCUAACAAUGUGGGUAAAGGCCCUGAUUGGUUGCUGCUUGCUGGCUGUUUGUUAUGGUCAAGACACGAGUGUAUGCACUAGUGCUGGAAUAACACCACCCCCUAGCGUCAGUGGUCAGACACCUCCAUUGAAGCCCAACAUAUCUGCCCAGUUCCACACACGUAUAGAAGUCGUCAUUAAGAACAAGAACCAGACACAGACGUUCCAUGAAUGGUUUGAUUCCACCAACAAUAGAGGCUACAUGGAACAGAUCUAUGAAACCAUCAACUACGGAGCUUGGUACGACUACGCCACCAAUGAAUUCAUCGGUCUGUUCCGCAAUGCCGCACCGGGCACCCCUGGCGCUUGCUCGGUCACCGACCUGAGCACCUCUGACCAGCGAUAUUUACUCGGGUACCAGGUAGUGAACAAUCAACCAAGGAUUUUCUCUGCUGCCGGGGCGCUGCAUUGGGCAGGACAGAAUAUUAAUGAGGUGUACAUGGGUCAAACAACGAUUCGAGACAUUAAAGUUGAUUGGUGGAGGUCCUGUCAAUAUUGGGCGAACAUGGAUGCCACGAUGCUAGUAGACUGGUAUUUCACAGUUCGAGACAAUUGGGUGGCGGCGGCUGACGCCACAGUUCCAGUCCAGUGUCACGUGACAGGAACUUCAACCCAGAAAGGAAAACACUCCUUCGAACACUACUAUAACUUCUACGAGUUCAGGCCUUACAUAAAGCCCGACGAAACAAGAGUCUUUGAGACCCCGUCCGGAAUCGUCUGUCCUGGACGCAAGUUGACCCAGAAUUUCCCAACGGUUGCCAACGACGCCUUCUCCUUCACCACCGAGAUUUUAGAUGUCACGAACAACCACCUCUCUUUCAUGAAGGAGACGUUUUUCUACAGCCAGAAGCUGGUGAAAUACGAAUAUAGACCACAGCUCGGAGACUAUGCGCCGUAUGGCUACAACGACCUUAUAGAGAUACAUGACUUCCGAUCAGGCGUGGCUUACGUCACCGACAAAAGGCGUGGCAACUGCAGCUACAGGCAGAUCGAGGGUUCUGACUUCGAUGACAGAUCGAGUGGACCAAACACAGUCAGAAUAAGGAACUCCAAAGAGUUCUUCUACUUUGAUGUCUCAAAGAAGGCUACCUCAUAUGAAGGCGUCAAAAAGAACCGGAACGUCGACUGUGACACGUGGAUUGCGACAAGGUCCGACUUCCCGUUCACCUUCCCAUCCAACUCCACAUGGGAGUGGUAUUUCGCUUCGAACAACUGGCAAUUUGCGAAUGCGGGUCCGGAAACUGGAGCCAUCCCGAUGCAGAUGAGAAUCUCCAUACCAGAUCGGAGCUGGAACUUUCAGUAUAAUCUGUACAACUUCAAGAAGGACAAGCCGGACCUCCUCAACUUCGACAUCAGUGGGUGCUACCCGAUUGGUCAACGGAGAAAGUUCCAGUUCAUGUUAAAUGUCACCAGUGACGUGAAAUCUUUGAUCUCCUCAAACAUGGGGACGUUUAAGUAUUACGUGCUCCAGUCUGUCGUGUCAGCUACCGGGGUGUCGCCUGUCAGAGUUGCAAAUUUGCAGGCCUUCAUUGUUGACGUCAUCAUUGUGACGUUUGAACUGCUGGACGUUUCACCAAUCACAGGCGAUGUUAAGAAGAGCACCUCGUACACGGAAGUGACGUUGAAUUACGCAGCCAAUACGGUGGCUCAAAUGAUUCAGAAUGGGCAGUUCGUGGUUUCCCUUGGUGGGGAUGUGUUUAUGAAUAAAGCGCUGGUAGCCAUACCGAACAGUAUUGUGGAGAUUACAUACCUGAACCAGACGACAACCGUGCAGAACCAGAAACAGACCGGAUAUGGCCCAGGUCCAAUGGCAGCCGUUGGAAUAACGAUGCCUCUAGCUGGGGCGGGGCUUGGAAUCGUGUUUGCUUAUUUCUUCUUUAAAUAAACUGCAAAAUGAACAGAAGUGCAAUAUGUAUUUAGACUAUAUUUAAAUAUGUCGAAGUAGUUAAUGUUCCCAUGUUUAAUGUAUGGUAUCGUUGGAUACAAGCAUAACGGCUCAAAGUGACUUAGAUAUUUUGAUUUGAUUUGUUACUCUUUCGAUUCCAACCUUCAGAAAAUGGUUAUUUAAAAUAUGUAAUAUAAUAUCGAUGCAAUUUUAGUGUAAUUAUGCAAAGAAAGUUCUGUUGUGAACUACAUUGAAAACAAGACUUUGAGAAAAAGUACACAAUUUAGUUUGAAAAUAAACUGUGUAUAAAAUG